AUGCUUAAGUAAAUGCUGGCUAAAUAAGAGGCUGAGUUUGGAGAUAUUAAAAAUUCUAAGGAAUUUAAAGCAAUGGCUAAAAAGUUUGGAGAUGAUGAAGAAGAUCCAGAUAUUGCAGCACUUAACAAAGAAAUGGCUAAAUAUGAAAAAUUUGCAAAUGAAGAUGGAGAUGAUGACUUAGAUGAUGAUUAGCUUCUUGCUGAAUUAGGAGGAGAUGAUGAUGACUUUGAUAUUGAAUAACUUAGAGUGUAAGAGUAAGAUUUGAUCAAGAAAGUAGCACUACAAAAGAAAUUAGCAUUACAAGAAAAAAAUGCAAAUAAUAUUCCGAAAGCAAAGCAGCAUCUAAUGGCUUCAAAAAAGAUUCAAGAAGAACUAGACACUCUCUAUAUUGCCUAUCCUUAAUUGAAGCAGUAAGAAGCGAAAGCAAGUAUCUAAUAAAGGUCAGAGCAGUAGGUAUAAGUUAAUGUCUAAGCAAAGUAAGGAGUAGACACAUAAUUGAAAGGGAUAUCUCCCCCAACAAAUUUUUAAGCUGAGCAGAAAUAGCAAUAAAGUGCUGCCAUUAAUAUACCUGGAUUAAAUUGCAACUUUGAUGAUGAUAUUGAAGUAGAGGAAUAAGUUCAUGACAAUGAUAAAAUGAAUGCAAUGUCUGUUAUCGAGAAUGAAAUGAAUAUUAUGAAAAAGUUUAUUGCGAAUUCUUCAGGCUUAGAAAAAUCUUUCUAUGAAGAUAAGUUGAGUACAUUAGAAUUUGCUUAGAGUAUUGGUAUUCUGACAGCAGAGAAAUAUUUGCAAAAUAUUAAAGCAUUCAUGAAAAGUGAACAAGCACUUUGUGAUUAACUAAGUAAAUAGUUAAAGCCAGGAAACAAACAUCUAUUAAGAGUUAAAGAAAGAAUAGCUUUAGUUGAAAACGAGAUUAAGGAAUCUGAAGAGCCCUAAGAAGAAGAACAGGAAGAGAGCAAGGAGUAAUUCAUGCAAGUUGAUGAAAAUAAAUUUGAAAGAAAAUAGACUCUGGUAUAAAUGGCCAAUAAUGUACAAAAGUAAUAAAAUUAAUCUUCAGGAGGGAAUAAGUAAUAAGAAUAUUAACAACUUGAUUACAAUGAAAAACAAUAUCUUAGAAGAGAGACUAUAACUGAGGAUUAAGUCGAUUUCAACAGAAUAAAUAAAGAGCAUUUCGAUUUAUUGACUGAAAGAAUUGAGGAUUAUAGAGAAGCUUGCUCUUUUAUGAAGGACAAGAUUGGAGACAGGAAAAAAGCGAUUGAGUUUUUACAGAUAGCUGAGAAUCUAGCGAAUUUAAAGGAAACUUUAGUUAGCGGCAAGAAAAUUGAUACUUUAAAGAUUGAUGCACCUGUGAAUCCAGCAACAGUCCUAGGAAUGGAUGAUAAAACUAGAUUGAAAUAGUUUAACGAUUUGAUUGAUGAUCUAAAUAAAAGAUUUGAAGAACAUAAAGAGAAAGCUCAUAAAUUGGUUGAGGCCUCUAAGACUGUAAAGAAGCCAGAUUAAAAAGAACACUUAAAAAAGGAGGCUCAAGAGUAGAUAGGUUAAGCUACAAAGCUUAAAGAAUAAAUGGCUUUGCUUAAUUUGAAGAAGAAAAAUCCUUGGUAGGCUCCACCAAUUACUCAUUAUGAAACAAUGUAUACCAGAAAGGAAAGAAGGAAUGAUGAUAUUGGGCCUCUUAAAAUGAGAGUUUGCUUCAAAACUACUGAAAGUCUGAAGAAAAGUGGUGCAAGCUAUGUCAAAUUGUAUUUCUAAUUAAAUGAAAAGCUAUGUCUACAAUCAAAAUUUGACAUUUCUAAGGAUCAUUAGGAGGAAUGGACUAUUGAUGAUAAAUCUAAUCUGAAACUCAUUGACAAAAAGGAUCUGAAUGUGGCACUUAAGAAGAAAAAAUUCUUCGGAGUAGAUGAACUUGAGAAAAAAACAAUAAAAUUAUCUGGAUUAGGAACCAAAUGUGAUUUCGAAAAAGAAAUGAAGCUGAAAAACUUUGAUUUUCUGCUUUCAUUUCAUCUGACUGAACCUAUAAGGCAAAAGGAUUUUGAAGAAAUCCCAGUAAAGAAACUAAUCAUAGAUUCAUAUCCUGAACCAUUUAGAGGAGGCCAUUAAUCCUAAUAAUAACAACAGAUUCAGCAAUAAAAGCCAGUCCCUCAGCAAUAACCAAAACCUUAAUAGCAAAUCUAAAAGCAAAGUGUUAAAUAAUAACCUGCUUAAUAAUAGCAAGUUUAAUAAAAACCAGCUGCACAAUUUAGUGGUGCUUUACCAGAAGGUGUGAACUAAGUUGAUGUAGAUGACCCUGAUAAUAUAACAAAUCUGACUUGCGUUAGUUUGCUAGAAAAGAAGCUUGCUUAGUAAUAAGCUCUAAUGAAUAAGUGCAUUGAAGAUGGUGUAAGACCAUCAUAAGAAAUUAAGGAUAGAUUGCUAGCUAUAACAAAGCAGAAGAUGGCGAAGACUGGCAAACUGACAGGUGAAAUGUACAAUGAGUAUAUGAGUAGAUAGAUUGCCAAAGAUGCUUAAUUGCUCAAAUAUUUCAUUUAAUCAGGAGAUGUCAAAAAGGCAAACUUAGUUAGAGAGAGAAUCAAGAUUAUUCAAGAGGAACUUAAUGACUCAUGA